AUGUCAUUCUCCCUCCCCACUGCUACCCCUAUCAUUCUCCCUUCCCCCUUGCUACCCCUAUCAUUCUCCCUUCUCCCUUGUUACCCAUGUCAUUCUCCCUUCCCCCUUGCUACCCCUAUCACUCUCCCUUCCCCCUGCUACCCCUAUCAUUCUCCCUUCUCCCUUGUUACCCAUGUCAUUCUCCCUUCCCCCGGCUACUCGACUCGUCACCUUGACCAUGCCUACUUCCCCCUUGCUUCCCCUGUCAUCCACCCUUCCACCUGCUACUCUUAUCAUUCUCCAUUCCCCCCGCUACCCCUGUCAUUCUCCCUUCCCCCUUGUUACCCCUAUCAUUCUCCCUUCUCCCUUGUUACCCAUGUCAUCCUCCCUUCCCCCUUGCUAAUCCUAUCAUUCUCCCUUCCCCCUGCUACCCCUAUCAUUCUCCCUUCCCCUUGCUACCCCUAUCAUUCUCCCUUCCCCUUGCUACCCCUAUCAUUCUCCCUUCCCCUUGCUACCCCUAUCAUUCUCCCUUCCCCCUGCUACCCUUGUCACUCUCCCUUCCCCCUUGCUUCCCCUGUCAUCCACCUUUCCCCCUGCUACUCUUGUCAUUCUCCAUUCCCCCCGCUACUCCUGUCAUUCUCCCUUUCCCACUGCUACCCCUAUCAUUCUCCCUUCCCCCUGCUACCCCAUGUCAUUCUCCCUCCCCACUGCUACCCCUAUCAUUCUCCCUUCCCCCUGCUACCCUUGUCACUCUCCCUUCCCCCUUGCUUCCCCUGUCAUCCACCCUUCCCCCCCUGCUACUCUUGUCAUUCUCCAUUCCCCCCGCUACCCAUGUCAUUCUCCCUUUCCCCUUGCUACCCCUAUCAUUCUCCCUUCCCCCUUGCUACCCCUAUCAUUCUCCCUUCCCCUUGCUACCCCUAUCAUUCUCCCUUCCCCUUGCUACCCCUAUCAUUCUCCCUUCCCCCUGCUACCCUUGUCACUCUCCCUUCCCCCUUGCUUCCCCUGUCAUCCACCUUUCCCCCUGCUACUCUUGUCAUUCUCCAUUCCCCCCGCUACUCCUGUCAUUCUCCCUUCCCCCUUGCUACCCCUAUCAUUCUCCCUUCCCCCUUGCUACCCCUAUCAUUCUCCCUUCUCCCUUGUUACCCAUGUCAUUCUCCCUCCCCACUGCUACCCCUAUCAUUCUCCCUUCCCCCUGCUACCCCUAUCAUUCUCCCUUCCCCCUGCUACCCUUGUCACUCUCCCUUCCCCCUUGCUUCCCCUGUCAUCCACCCUUCCCCCCCUGCUACUCUUGUCAUUCUCCAUUCCCCCCGCUACCCAUGUCAUUCUCCCUUUCCCCUUGCUACCCCUAUCAUUCUCCCUUCCCCCUUGCUACCCCUAUCAUUCUCCCUUCCCCCUGCUACCCUUGUCACUCUCCCUUCCCCCUUGCUUCCCCUGUCAUCCACCCUUCCCCCCCUGCUACUCUUGUCAUUCUCCAUUCCCCCCGCUACCCAUGUCAUUCUCCCUUCCCCCUUGCUACCCCUAUCAUUCUCCCUUCUCCCUUGUUACCCAUGUCAUUCUCCCUUUCCCCUUGCUACCCCUAUCAUUCUCCCUUCCCCCUGCUACCCCUAUCAUUCUCCCUUCCCCCUGGCUACCCCAAUCAUUCUCCCUUCUCCCUUGUUACCCAUGUCAUUCUCCCUUUCCCCUUGCUACCCCUAUCAUUCUCCAUUCCCCCUUGCUACCCCUAUCAUUCUCCCUUCCCCCUGCUACCCUUGUCACUCUCCCUUCCCCCUUGCUUCCCCUGUCAUCCACCCUUCCCCCCCUGCUACUCUUGUCAUUCUCCGUUCCCCCCGCUACCCAUGUCAUUCUCCCUUUCCCCUUGCUACCCCUAUCAUUCUCCCUUCCCCCUUGCUACCCCUAUCAUUCUCCCUUCCCCCUGCUACCCUUGUCACUCUCCCUUCCCCCUUGCUUCCCCUGUCAUCCACCCUUCCUCCCCUGCUACUCUUGUCAUUCUCCAUUCCCCCCGCUACCCAUGUCAUUCUCCCUUCCCCCUUGCUACCCCUAUCAUUCUCCCUUCUCCCUUGUUACCCAUGUCAUUCUCCCUUUCCCCUUGCUACCCCUAUCAUUCUCCCUUCCCCCUGGUACCCCUAUCAUUCUCCCUUCCCCCUUGCUACCCCAAUCAUUCUCCCUUCUCCCUUGUUACCCAUGUCAUUCUCCCUUUCCCCUUGCUACCCCUAUCAUUCUCCAUUCCCCCUUGCUACCCCUAUAAUUCUCCCUUCCCCCUGCUACCCUUGUCACUCUCCCUUCCCCCUUGCUUCCCCUGUCAUCCACCCUUCCCCCCCUGCUACUCUUGUCAUUCUCCAUUCCCCCCGCUACCCCUAUCAUUCUCCCUUCCCCCUGCUACCCCUAUCAUUCUCCCUUCCCCCUUGCUACCCCUAUCAUUCUCCCUUCUCCCUUGUUACCCAUGUCAUUCUCCCUUUCCCCUUGCUACCUCUAUCAUUCUCCAUUCCCCCUAGCUACCCCUAUCAUUCUCCCUUCCCCCUGCUACCCUUGUCACUCUCCCUUCCCCCUUGCUUCCCCUGUCAUCCACCCUUCCCCCCCUGCUACUCUUGUCAUUCUCCAUUCCCCCCGCUACCCAUGUCAUUCUCCCUUUCCCCUUGCUACCCCUAUCAUUCUUCCUUCUCCCUUGUUACCCAUGUCAUCCUCCCUUCCCCCUUGCUAAUCCUGUCAUUCUCCCUUCCCCCUUGUUACCCCUAUCAUUCUCCCUUCUCCCUUGUUACCCAUGUCAUCCUCCCUUCCCCCUUGCUAAUCCUAUCAUUCUCCCUUCCCCCUUGCUACCCCUAUCAUUCUCCCUUCCCCCUGCUACCCCUAUCAUUCUCCCUUCCCCUUGCUACCCCUAUCAUUCUCCCUUCCCCUUGCUACCCCUAUCAUUCUCCCUUCCCCUUGCUACCCCUAUCAUUCUCCCUUCCCCCUGCUACCCUUGUCACUCUCCCUUCCCCCUUGCUUCCCCUGUCAUCCACCUUUCCCCCUGCUACUCUUGUCAUUCUCCAUUCCCCCCGCUACUCCUGUCAUUCUCCCUUCCCCCUUGCUACCCCUAUCAUUCUCCCUUCCCCCUUGCUACCCCUAUCAUUCUCCCUUCCCCCUUGCUACCCCUAUCAUUCUCCCUUCUCCCUUGUUACCCAUGUCAUUCUCCCUUUCCCACUGCUACCCCUAUCAUUCUCCCUUCCCCCUGCUACCCCAUGUCAUUCUCCCUCCCCACUGCUACCCCUAUCAUUCUCCCUUCCCCCUGCUACCCCUAUCAUUCUCCCUUCCCCCUGCUACCCUUGUCACUCUCCCUUCCCCCUUGCUUCCCCUGUCAUCCACCCUUCCCCCCCUGCUACUCUUGUCAUUCUCCAUUCCCCCCGCUACCCAUGUCAUUCUCCCUUCCCCCUUGCUACCCCUAUCAUUCUCCCUUCUCCCUUGUUACCCAUGUCAUUCUCCCUUUCCCCUUGCUACCCCUAUCAUUCUCCCUUCCCCCUUGCUACCCCUAUCAUUCUCCCUUCCCCCUGCUACCCUUGUCACUCUCCCUUCCCCCUUGCUUCCCCUGUCAUCCACCCUUCCCCCCCUGCUACUCUUGUCAUUCUCCAUUCCCCCCGCUACCCAUGUCAUUUUGCCUUCCCCCUUGCUACCCCUAUCAUUCUCCCUUCUCCCUUGUUACCCAUGUCAUUUUGCCUUCCCCCUUGCUACCCCUAUCAUUCUCCCUUCUCCCUUGUUACCCAUGUCAUUUUGCCUUCCCCCUUGCUACCCCUAUCAUUCUCCCUUCUCCCUUGUUACCCAUGUCAUUUUGCCUUCCCCCUUGCUACCCCUAUCAUUCUCCCUCCCCCUUGCUACCCUUGUCCAAAUCCUCAUAGGUACCCCUGCGACAUCUGCUCGCACGCCACUGCGCGGCCAAUGCAGCGAGUAUCGGAAGUCGAACAACUCACGGACGACGAGCGCCGAGCCCUUCGCGCCAGUCGAUUUUCCGCGGCGCGACUUCCCAGUCCACCGCGCUCCUCGCACUCCGCAGCUGCAGCGACUGCACGGCAGGCACAUCCCGGGGGCCCACUGGCGACGAACAAAGCGGCGGCCCUCUCGCGGCGACGCUCGUGGCAGGUGAGGGGCGCGCGGGCGUGGAGCGCACUCAAUGUGCGGGCGAUCCACAGUGGUCCGGGGAGAAAUGCGUGGGGGUUCUGGGCUCGCCGUGCUAUACGGUUGGGGAGGGCGGGAGGGGGGAAGGAGGGCAUGCGAGCAGGGGGCAAGUGGCGCGCAUGCACCGGGUGCGAUGGUGGGAUGAUGGGAUUGGAAAGUGAAGGAGGGGAAGGAGGGAGAAGGAAAGAAGUGGGAUAA